AUGACAAAAGGUGCUGUGGUGAAUGCAACUGAUCAUCGGCACGUGACAUCCGAAGGUAGACGAGCCGUGUCGAAUUCGAAGUUUUUUAUCAUUAAUACCAAACUGAAUGGUGGUCAUUCGGAUGCAAAAUAUUUAAAGCUCACCAUGGAUCCCGCAGAAGAACAGGCUCAAGAGCUCGAGGUCUUGGAAUCUAUAUAUCCUGAUGAGUUGACGAAGCUCAGUGAUAAGCAAUUCGUGAUCAACGUCCUUUUAGAGACGGAGACCGAAAGGAAGCAUAGACUUGCACUACAUGUGGAAUAUCCGGACACAUACCCCGAGGUGAUUCCUCUGUUGAAGGUGAGGAUAGGGGAAAGUCUAGAGGAGGACGAAGACGACGAGUCCGAGGAUUACGAGGACGAAGAAGAGGAAGAGGAUAAUGAGGCUGAUGACGAACACGCAUCCCCAGUACACAUCCCAGAGACAGUAGAAUUUGACUCGGACGAUCUCAGCAACUUGUUAACGAAGGUUAUAGAAGAGGCCGAAGAAAAUGUGGGGAUGCCCAGCGUGUUUGCGUUGGUAUCUGUUCUCAAAGACCUGGCCGAAAGCAUGUUCAUACGAAAGUGCGAAGAGGCUCAAAAACUGCACGACGAAGAGCUUCAGCGCCGAGAGAGGGAAGAACAGAAGAAGUUCAAUGGUACGAAAGUUACUCCGCAGUCUUUUGAGGAAUGGCGGUUGAGGUUCAGGGAGGAGAUGAAGAUUGACGAAAGACUAGAGCAGAGAGCAAAAACUGCCAAUGGCGGAAAGCUGACCGGAAAGGAAAUCUUUGAAAGAGGACUUGCUGGAAAUGACGAUCUAGUAGAGGGACUGGAGAAUUUGCAAGUUUAG